GGCCGAGAAGAUGGCGGACGGCGACAGCGGCAGCGAACGCGGCGGCGGCGGGCCCGGCGGCUUCCAGCCCGCGGUCCGCGGAGGCGAGCAGGAGACGCAGGAGCUGGCCUCGAAGCGGCUGGACAUCCAGAACAAGCGCUUUUACCUGGACGUGAAGCAGAACGCUAAGGGCCGCUUCCUGAAGAUCGCCGAGGUGGGCGCGGGGGGCUCCAAGAGCCGCCUGACGCUGUCCAUGGCGGUGGCCGCCGAGUUCCGCGACUACCUGGGCGACUUCAUCGAGCACUACGCGCAGCUGGGCCCCAGCAGCCCGGAGCAGGUGGCGGCGGCGGGCGCCGAGGACGGCGGCGGGCCGCGGCGCGCGCUCAAGAGCGAGUUCCUGGUGCGCGAGAACCGCAAGUACUACCUGGACCUCAAGGAGAACCAGCGCGGCCGCUUCCUGCGCAUCCGCCAGACGGUCAACCGCGGCGGUGGCGGCCCCGGGCCCGGCGGCCUGCAGAGCGGCCAGACCAUUGCGCUGCCCGCGCAGGGCCUCAUCGAGUUCCGGGACGCGCUGGCGAAGCUCAUCGACGACUACGGCGGCGACGACGACGAGCUGGCGGGGGGCCCGGGCGGCGGCGCGGGGGGCGCGGGCGGCGGCCUGUACGGCGAGCUCCCGGAAGGCACCUCCAUCACCGUGGACUCCAAGCGCUUCUUCUUCGACGUGGGCUGCAACAAGUACGGCGUGUUUCUGCGCGUCAGUGAGGUGAAGCCGUCCUACCGCAACGCCAUCACCGUCCCCUUCAAAGCCUGGGGCAAGUUCGGGGGCGCCUUUUGCCGUUACGCGGACGAGAUGAAAGAGAUCCAGGAGCGGCAGAGGGAUAAGCUGUACGAGCGGCGCGGCGGCGACGAGUCGGAGUGCGAGGAGGUGGACGAGGACUGAGGGCGCCCUUUCCCCGACGGGCCCCCGCCCCGCCUCCGUCCCCUUGCCUGGAGAGCCCCCUUCCUGCUCAUCCCCAGGGAGCUAGUGGAGGCGGAGCCGGGAGGCCCCGUCGGGAGAACACAAAGUUAAAAAAUAAUACAGUU